AUGUCAGAUUUCGCAAAGUUACUUCAAAAAGUGCCUAUGAUAUGCUCAUCCACCAUCAAUUAUUAUUGUUAUGGACCACCUCAACCAUCAUGGGAUUUGAAGUUUUAUUUGAUGUUCAAACUUGUAAAAGAUGGGAUAGCAUCAUCAACCAGUCAAACUAUUGAAGAUCUUCAAGUAAUGGAUAAUACAAAAACAGCUGUCGAUGAUGGUGUACUUGUAGAUGAGCUGACAUUGUCAAAUUCACUUCGUAAAAGAUCAGAAAUUUACAUUGAUGAUGUUUUAAAAGAUUAUAAUCACGUGCUUCUUGAUGAUUGGAAAAGUGUUAAUCUUGGGAAUGGAUUAGAAUGCGAAUGGGUUUAUGUUAAGAAAGAAGAGGAAGGAAAUGAAGACAAUAAUAAAAAGAAAAAAUAUGAUAAAGUUAUUUUGUAUUUACAUGGUGGAGCAUAUGUUCUAUAUCCUCCUGGUUAUCGUAGUAGUACUUCUAAGAUUGCAAAAUCUGCAAAUGCAAGACUUUUUG